AUGAGGUGUAUAGUUUUGAAGAAUGGAGCAGUCAACAUGUUAUUGUCUUGGGGGUAUCCGAGUUCAGAGGAUUACUGUACUUUGCAUACAACAGUGGGAUCGUUCCUGGAUUGUUUGAACUUGUGUUUGGGGAAAGGGACUUGCAUGCUCGCCUAUGGAUCCGAUGAAAAUUGCAAUCUUUGUGAUAUCUACACAACCAGUUCAAUCAAUCAGAGAACUGCUUCUGAUGGUAUACAAAUCGGAGUCAAAGACACUUCUGAUAGCUACACCCUAUCCUACACCGAUCCAGCAUGGACCAUAGCCUACGACAAAAAGUGUAUAGAUGACAGUUGGAAGAUGUUUAUUCGUCCUCAAGGAGGAGCUUGUCUGAAAGUCUCGAAGAUGCCCGGACUCAAUCAAACGGAUUCUGGGACUUUUUGUAAGGAAAAUGGAGCGGGAUACGAGUUGUCUGGAAUGCAGUUCAAAAUGGAGUGGAGUUAUAUUAUGGAAAGUGCCCGGGCUUUAAUUGGAUCCGUCCCCACCAGAGACUACACCACAGUAUGGCUCGGUGGAACCAUGAGAACCUACUGCUAUCCGGACAACCGUCCCUCCAAUUGCACUGGUAUCCAAGCAUUCGAGAACUUUCCGUACCAGGACAACUUUGACGCUUACGUGUUCACUCCUGGAUCGCCAAACUUCACAAGACCCUACCCAGGGCAGGACUAUUAUAAUGCUUGUCUCCAAUUGAAUUUAAAACAGAACAAGGAAGCGUGGGAUGGGAAGGUGACUAAUGUGAUGUGUCAAUUUUCCUGCAAUGGUGGAACAGCAAUUUGUGCGGUGGCGUAUGCUUGUGUUGGAUUGGCCAUCUAA